AUGAAGUGGAAGAACAACAGAGACUUGCUCCGUAUUCUGGAGCAAGAGAGGCGGAGGAGGCAGGUGGCUCCAGAGGAGAAAGAUCCAUUUUUGGAGAAGACUCCCCUCUUUGCCAAGCCCUACAAGACAGAUAAAGAAGAUGAGCUGUCAAGGCGCAUCAAGAACCUGCUGGGCGACGAGGACUCCAAGGUCCUCCUGAGCCAUGAGUCCCCUCUGAAUCCCGGAUGGAUCCCAAAAAAACCUCAAUCCAACUUACAGGCCUCCAGUCAUAGGCCGGCCUCCAGUAAGACAAAUCCAUGUGAGGACAUAUGGAGAGAAUCCUCACCAGAAUCACUGAGCACCAGACCUAAGCCUGAGCAGAACUACGGUGCCAGCAAUGAAGGUCUCUCAAAUGGGAGGUCAGAAGCCAAAGCUCCACAAUCUGAAAUCUUUCUUGAGCCUGUCAAGCCCAUGGUGCACACUGCUGUGCAGUCCAUUGAAGGAAUAUUGAAGGAAAUGUGCAGCCCCCUGUCCCCUCUCCUGCCAUCCCUUCAGUCACCUGAGAGAACAGAGACUUCCAAAUUUCCCGUGCAGGCAAAGGCAAAGAAGCCCUCUGAUGUGCCAUCAAUUGAAGAAAUUUUCAGGGAAAUGAGCAGCUCACUGCCAGCUCUCCUGUCCCAUCUCCAGACGCCUCCAAAAGCAGAGACUUCCAAACUUCCAUUGGCAACAAAGGAAUCCCAACCUGAUGGAUCAGCAGCACAGAAGCAGACAGAGACCAUCAAGUAUUCCUACUGA